GUUGCACGUGUAAUUUAGAGAAUAAAAUAUGCCGAAGUUAUUUGUUGCCGACAAUUCCGAUUCUGAUGAAGAAUUGAAGAUCAAUGAUGGUUAUGCCAAUAAUUAUAAUACGUGGAGGCAGAAGGAGGAAUUAAAUAAAUUGAAGACUAAGUAUGGUGAGAAUGCUGCUGAGUUACAAAAUUCGGAAGAGGAUUCUAGCAGUUCAUCGGAUGAGGAUGAAGAAGGAAAUGAAUUAACAGAACAGUUUGAAAAAGACUUUUAUAAAACCCUUGCUUGUCUAAAAAACAAGGACCCUAAAAUAUAUGAUGGGAACAUAGAAUUCUUUAAGGAUACAAAUACCUCAAUUGAAAUUAAUGAAGGUAAUGGGGAAAAGAAAAAAAAAUCCAAAGAGAAAGCUACAUUCUUACGUGAUUAUGAACGCGAGAUUAUCACCAAGCGGGGUGGAAAGCUAAGCGAUAGUGAAGAAGAAACAGAAGUGAUUGACAAGAAAAUCAGUGAAUCACGAACACCCACUUAUGCUGAAGAGCAACACAAACUGAAAGAAAAUUUCAAAAAAUUAUUGGAAGAUGAUCAAGAUGAAGAAGAAACUGGAUUAUUGAUACCUAAGAAGAAAACAGAAGAAGAACGUCAAAAGGAGGAAGAAACUUAUAUUGAAUGGUUAAAAGGUCAAAAGACAGAAAUUGCUACUGAUGAACAGCAAGAACUAAAACCAUUAAGAGAUUUUUGGACGGAUCCUAAUUUGGACCCAAACGAAAAGUUCCUCCGGGAUUACGUUUUGAAUAAACAGUUUCUUGAAAAAAAAUCUGGAGAUAUUAACCUGGAUUAUGAGCAGGUAGCUCAUGAUAGUGAUGAAAAUUUAUCAGAGGAUGAGAAAAUUAUAGAAAAGCAAGAAGAAUUUGAGCACAAAUACAAUUUCAGAUUCGAGGAACCUGAUCAAGAGUUUAUUAAAAGGUACCCUCGAAUGCUGGAGAACUCAUUAAGAAAGAAAGAUACGCGUAGAGCCCAAAAGAGAGUGGAAUUGAAACAAAGAAAAGAAGAAGAGAAGCUUCGAAAGCGCGAAGAGCUAAAACAACUGAAAGCUUUAAAGAGAAAAGAGAUUGAAGAAAAGAUUGAAAAACUCAAAGAAAUAACUGGAAACAACGACAUACGCUUCGAAAACAUCGAUCUGGAAGGAGAUUUUGACCCUGCUGAACACGAUCGUAAGAUGCAAGAGUUAUUUAACGAUGAUUAUUAUGGUGGCCCUGAGGGAGACGUGAAACCAGAGUUUCCGAAUAUCGAUACCGAAUUAGGCAUCGAGACGACCUGGGACUUUUAUGAUCCAGAUGCUGAGGAAAUCGCACCUGAGGAUGAACCUUAUUACGAGGGUCCGCAUUGCGAAGAUCCACAGUUCAAUAUGGACGCUGAUUAUGAUCCCAACAAAAAAUUGGAAACUGAACUCGUGGAUUCUACCAGGAAGAAGAAACGUAGGAAACGCAGUAAAUUCGCUGAACUCAUAGCUAAGGAAAAGCCAAAAUUCGAUCCAAGUCAUCACCCUUCUUAUCAAGAAUAUUUUGAUCAGUACUACGCUUUGGAUUACGAAGAUAUGAUUGGUGAUCUACCGUGUAGAUUCAAAUAUCGAAACGUAGUGCCGAAUGAUUAUGGUCUUACUAUGGAAGAAAUUCUAAUGGCAAAUGACAAAGAGCUGAACAAAUGGUGUCCCUUGAAAAAAACUUUACAACAUAAGCCGCAACAUGUAGAGCUAAAUGAAGUUCGCCUGUAUCGUCAGAAAUCCCGAAAUGAGUCUCUUAAAAAGAAAAUACUUAAAAGUAUAUACAGCCCCGUGGAAGAGAGUGAGGAUCAAGAAGGUACAAUUGUUUUGCAAGGACAGCAGAGUCAAGAACCUGUAAAGAAGAAGCGCAACAGAAACACGAAAAAGAAAAACACAAUUGACAGCAUAAAACAAUCCAACAAUGUACACCAACAACAGCAACAACAAUAUGUCAAAGAUGAUUUGAAGAACAAAAAUUCGAAGGGUCUAGUUAGUGUAAAUAAUAAUAGUACUGAAGUUGUUGGAGAAUCACAAAAGGAACCCAUUGCUAACGGAGUGGUUAAAAAGAGAAAUAUCAAGAACAAUGUGACAAAAAAGGCUCCAGCAUCUUCUAAAGAAAUGGCAGAGCAUUCAAACGCAUUCAAUGAAGUUUCAGGAAAGAAACAAGAGAAGAAACUGCAGGGCAAUAAUGAGGGCAUCAAUGGAAGUACUGAGAAUGUUGAUGGAAGUGCAGAAACGUACCAUAGAAAGCAAAGUAAUAAAAAUAAUACUGUGAAUGCAAAUGACAAUAAGAAUAAAAAUAACACGAACGAAAUUACAGAAAGUGUUACAUUGAAGUCCGCAAAAAGAAAAGGAAAUUCCAUCAACGUUGAUGAGACAGAGAUAAUUCCUAAAAAGAAGAAAAAGAGCACUAACGAUAAUGAACAAACUAACAAUGCCAAUUCUGUGAAGAGUCACAAGAAUAGUAAAAAAAUUCAACGAGCCAACAAAUACAAAAAAUUGAAUCCGAAACAUAACAAGGGAAGCAGUCAAGAUGAAAUGGCAUCUCUUAGUAAAAAUAGAUUAAAAGCCUAUGGAAUCAAUCCAAAGAAGUUCAAAAAUAAAUUGAAGUAUGGAAAGAAGAAAUGAAAAAUUAUAAAGGUUGGAACUUUAAUAUAUUGUAUAUAAUUUCCAUAUGCAAUAUCUAAGCUUGAAACAAUAAACUUUGUACGUAAAUGUGUAUCUUUUUUAGUAACUAAAUAAUUAAGUAUAUUAAAUACUUCACUAUGUUCACUCCUGAAGUAUGCAAGGCCUAUCAUGAGGGAUAAUUCACUUACCUUCAAGAGGAACUCCAGAGACAAAUCGAACUGAAAUCAAAUUAAUGAAAUGGAGGAAAAAGUCUUAACGACUGUUCAAACUCGACCGAUUUAUUAGGUCGAGUCAUAAGUAGUUUCUGUUUCUAGGAACAAAUUGCAGCAUUUUAUUUAUUAUCUUAAUGACUCAUGAUACUCGACAGGUCAGAAUCUGUUUGAAGUAAAGAAGUGUCCCUAAGUCUUAUCACGGCAAUGUCAGCGUGAUUAAGAUAUAAUUGUUGGUUACUUUAUUGAUGAAUAAAACUGAUAUGCUAAAACGGAAA